AUGGCGAACGAGUGUAACCGCAACAUAGUAGAAAAGUAUAUCUGCCACAAACUCUCCAAGAGGGGGUAUGAGUGGGGAUUCGAUGAUCGGGAUGAAGAUGCUGCGAACAACGGGUCAUUAGUUGCCCCUCCACCGACUCUGGUUCGCCGGUGCCGUGAAGCAAGCGCCGGGCCUGACAGCGAGAGCAUCCCCCACCUCUGCAAACGCCCCCCUCAGACCGACCCACACGCGGCCAUCCACAGAGUCCUCCGUGAGGCUGGAGAUGAACUUGAGAGACUGUACCAACCGGACUUCACGGAGAUGUCUCGGCAGCUGUAUCUCACCUCCACCACGGCGCAAAGGAGGUUCGCCGAGGUGAUAGACGAACUGUUCCGGGACGGGGUGAACUGGGGCCGGAUUAUCGCCUUUUUUGAGUUUGGGGGCACUGUAUGCGUGGAGUGCGUGUCCAAAGAGGAGAUGACAGCGCAGGUGGACAACAUCGCAGAGUGGAUGACAGAGUAUUUGAAUGGACCUCUGCACAGCUGGAUAGAAGAUAACGGUGGAUGGGUAGGUCUGAUUCCGUCUGCUUGAGCAGCUUUUGCAGCUGUGUGCCACGGGGGCGCACAAGUCCUCCAUUGCACUCGUUGAAAAGCUUUAAUCAGGAGGCUUCAUUCAGUCAGAAUUCAGAUAUUCGAGUAAGACGUAAUGAUUCAAGAGAGUGUAUCAUUGAAACCACAGCAGCACCUGACCAUGAGAAAUUUCACUAAAUGUUCCCUUCACGCACUACGGAGGAAACUGGCGAGAUGGACGGCCUCAAACUGGCCCUGAUCAGAUUGGAUGCUGGCCGUGGCUGUUAAACUAAAUUGACCAAUCAGAUUACGUUCUCUGUCACACCUCCCGACGCUCUAAGUAAGCCCCGCCCCUGUCUAACCGUAGAGCCAGUGGCUGCUGACAUAGAGUGGAGAGGACAGGCUGCUGCAAAUCCAGGGGGAAUUAAAGCUUAUAAAACCAGUAUUUAACGCAUCACACUGGAAGGAACUUAAUAGCAGCGUCACGAUUUCACCUCAGUUCAAAGCUUCUCCCUCCACUCAUCUCUGAUGUGAUUAACAGCUGUAGCAGGGUGGAGGAGGCCAGACACAUGUCAGUGUGGAGAAAACUAUUGAGAUAAUGUGUUGAGGCCUGUGGGCACUGCUGGGCAGGUGUUGGGGCCAUUUCUGUACACUUAUGUGACAUUCAAACUUCAAGUGCAAAUGCAUAAUGGCAUAUGGGUCAAUGACGUGACGCCUAAAUAUUCUGUCCGGCUGUAUCUUUUUUUUAAGUUAAAAAAGGUUUAAAUGCACAAAAAUAGGCUUUCUAUAUGUAGUAUCUCUCUCAUAUAUGUAGUCACUUAACUUUUCAAAAAUCAGGUCUUAUUUGUAAUUUUUCUGAACUUAAGAGUGUCAAAAUAUCAUGUGGUGCGACCAAUAACAUUAAUUGCAUUAAAUACAAACUAAUAUAUCUAAUUUCUGUCAAUGAAACAGUAAUACCUGAUACAAUAUGCUUAAGUGAAAGGUAGUUUUAAAUAUUUUUAUCAGUAUUAUGCAAUUUAAAGAAAAAAUUAGUCAGUUAACUACAUUUAAUAUGGGGACCGUGACAUUAUAGAGCUAAAAUGUGAGAUCAUUAUUCACAAAAACUCAAAUAAAAUGCAAACACUUUGUUUCUAUCUACAUGAUAUUACUGACAAUUUGUAAAAAACUAUUAAGUAUGUUGAAAAAAUUUAAUAAUUUUGAGAUAAAACACUAAAAUUGCGUACAUUUUUGUAUACACAACAUCCUUAGUGUUUGAACUUUUGCAAAAUAUAUUCUUAUUUUUGCUAUUUUAAAAUUGGCAUUUUUAAAAACCUUAUACGUCAUUGACCCAUAUACACUCUACCUUUGUGGACAUCACACAUAUAAGACUUAAAACAGAAACAUAUGUGUACAUUAACAUAUAAUUUCCAAAUUGCAACUCAACUUUUCUGUAGUUUGCUCUACUCAAAGCGAACGACCCAUUUUGCCAUAAAUUAUAUCCCAAUUAUCAGAGUGGUCCUUAAUGAGGGCAUAACAUUUGUACUGCUGGGUUUCUCUAGCCAGAAGCGAUCAGAAUUGGGGUGGGGGUGUCAUCAAUGAUUCAUAUUGAACAUUUCAUCUCAAAGGGAAGGACCGUUUAACAUUCCCCUUGAGUCUGCCCUGCCCCUGGAGGUGGCAGGUUGUGCCACAUAUCAAAGGAAAGCAACAGAGGGAGGGCCCUUCAGGAACACAGAGCACUAAUCUGCAGCCACUGUGUUUAACACCCAGCCCUCUGUGCAUCGUGGUUGGGACCCUUUUGUCUGCUUUUUUGAGACCUGUGCCUUGAAGCUGGCAUAUUCUGGGCUACUGAGAUGACUGCUGGAGGUCUCUGGAGCCUGUGCCAGUUGUCUGUGCAAUAAUGUAGGUCAUCAUAGUCUGUGUUUUCCAGCUGGGCGGAGAUAACUGCAUCUCUGCCCUUGUGCAUCCACUUUAGAGAGGGAGAAGAGUCUUUUAAUCCAAAGGAUUACUCUGGAUUAUUUGAAAGCGUAUGCUUCCACUUUGGGUCAUUUUGGUGGAUCUCUCUCCUCAGCACCUUAUCCUAAUUAUUUAGGCUCUAAUUGAUAUAAUCCAGAGUGUAUCAUUGACUGUCUUUUGAGAGUUCAUGUCUGAAACAGUUUGCACUGCAGCAUGAGCAGAUAAAAGUCUAACUGACUCUGGAGUUUAUUUAUAUAACCAUUUUAAUAACCUUCAGGUGGGGAAUUUCCUGAGAGGUGCGUGUUUAUGUCUGUGGGUGCGUGUGUUUCAGUCAUUACCUGACAUGGAGUAACUGUCACUGCAGGCACAGGGCUUUGUCUGUGCUGUUUGGCUUUUGGAAACGAGAUACUUUCCAAGUAACUGUUUGAAAUACAGAAAAAUCACUGAACAGAGCAUUACAUGUUCUGUUUGUCUUAUUUUCACUUAUUAAAAAUGCAAGUUUCAACAGUUUGUCUCUGCUCAAAGAAUCAAAAUUCAAUUUGGUUCAUUCAUUUACUUUGCAGGCCUCAUACUACUCAAGAGAGGCCUGUGAAAUACCUGUAAGUGGAGGCUACACUUUGCUUUUUGAGGGUGUUGGUAAAGUAAAUUCCCAGUAAAACAAAGGAAGUGACCUCAUUGUCCUCAAUAAAAGCUACAGCCUAGACAAUAGCUGCUACUGUUUAAAUAUAAUCUGGAAACCAAUCAGUGUUAGUCUGACAGCUUAUAGUGGAUUUUGAUUGAGGAUUUACAUCCAGUUUGGGGGCAUGCAUUUUGAGAUCACAUAUGAGGUCAUAAUAUUUUGUUAAUUUAAUCUACCUCUGGGAUCAGGAUACAACUUAUUUUGGAGCUCUUUUGGAUCAGAGGGAACAAUAAGGAACUUUAACAAACAGUUGAAAUAUUUUUUCAGACAGGUUAUUUUUUAUAGCUGUUGAAGUUGUCAACUUGCAAGAGGUGAGUUGUGUGUUUUGAACCCCCUUUAAAACAAAGGUGAGGCCUAAUCAACCUGUCACUGACACGGAGAGAGUGGCGUGGAAACAGCGCUCUAUCAGCCACCCUCUGUUUCCUGUUGUUUUUCAGACAACUUCGGCCCAAAAUAGGAGUGCCCACUAAUUGUUGUUGAGUCUAGGCAUCACCUGCGAGUCAAAUAUACUUUUAGUUAAACAAACUAUCUACCCUUUGGAAAUAACAAAGCAGUCGCUGUAUUUUUGAAACCCAGCUGAGGUCCAAACAGCUCCCAUUCUGCAAUGAUUACUUCCCACACGCCUGGAUGUAAAACACUGUCCUUUUCAUUGUCCUGGACACUCACAUUUCUCCACCUGAAUGAAUUAAUCCAUUGUGGUGGCAGAAAUUGCCCUCGUCAGGGGACCUUGGCGUUUAGGCUGCGGCCUCACCCGCACGUGGAGGUGCACCUGUGUUUGUUUACAAGCCUGUGCAGUAAAUACCAAGUGGUUGAACAAAGUGGCAGACGGCGGACUGACGUGUGAAAUUACACGCUUGACCUCAGACAUUUGACUGGCUGAGGGGGCGGCAGGGAGCGAAAUGCUAAAAUGUGCACAGCGGGGAAAAACAGCAGUUUCACAACUUUGGGGAGCUAAUUGAGAACUGCUCCGAAAUGGAUAUUAAGAAAGUUCACAUGAUGGAUAUGAUGUGGUUUUGUACACACACUGAAAAAUGUUCAAUCUUCUCCUGUUGAUGUCAGGCCGCUGUUGCACCAAUGUUUUGGUGGUUUUAUCCUUAUUAAAUGCUGCAUGUUAACCUGUUACUCUGCCAAACAUGGAAUUCAUAGGUGCUUCACAUCAGUAUAAAACACUGAUUGUAGCUCAGACAAGUUACAAAGGAACUCUGGUAACACUUUACUUGAUGUCUAUCUCUAUAACGCAUUUAAAUAUAUGUAUAAUGCGUUAUAAUCACUUUAUAGCACUGUAUAACUAUAGUUAUAAACACUCAUAAAUGAUCAUAAUGCUUUAAAGCAAUAAUCAUAACAUGAUAUAAAGCUAUAAAGAUAUUAUGCUUAUUGUUAUAAAGCCUUAUGAUAGUUAAUGAGUGUUUAUAAUGAUAGUUAUACAAGUUUAUAAGCAAAUUAUAACAAAUCAUAAUUAAUAGUCAGUGAGUUGUUAACAGUUGUAAUACAUUACAAUACAUGACCUUGCAAGUCAUGAUAAAAUGCUUUAUAAUGUGUUAUGAUUAUUGGUAUAAGGCAUUAUGAUCAUUUAUGAAUGUUUAUAGCUAUAGUUAUACAGUGCUAUAACAUGAUUAUAACACUAGAUACAUAUAUUUAUAAUGCGUUAUAGAGAUAGGCAUCAAGUAAAGUGUUACCGGAACUUAUUUACAUCAAUGUGUCAGCAGGUGAACAGAAGUAUUUUAGCUUUGCAGCUUUGCAUUGACACUAAUGUAUGCAAAACAUCAACAAUUAGCAUCUUGAUACUAGCAUUAGGCUCAACAGUUGUACGAAGCCGUUUGCAUGGCUUUAGAUGGGUCAUCUUAUCUAGUUAGUGAAUGACAGGAAGGAGUUAAACUCAUGUAAUGUUUAAACAGUUGGAUCAGGUGUCUGAGAAAUGCUGCUAGCUAGGUGGCCUAUUUCUCUAAGUGUCACAGGUGUGUGUGUGUUUGAGGACAAUUGUAAGUUGGCGCUUGGGUUGGGUCCAUCCUGUGGGAGAUUCCCUGAGCACAAUCUGCCUGUCCACGGGUGGGAUCUGCAUGUUGCUACAGUGUUGCGGGCAUCUGGCUGCGCCUCCCCCCUUCCCCUCUCCUCCUCCGUUUGUUGAGGCUGAGUGGAUGUGGGACAGAGAGGAAGUCAUUAAUCUCCAUAUAGAUGACAUGUUGGAGGAGAGGAGGAAAAAAAAACCCAAAUAAACGCCUUAUAAAGGUGGCACAUGCAGCCACUCAAAGGAAAGAAAUCCCGAUGAGAUCUCACUUACAUCCAAUUUGUGUCUCCUCCAUGCAAAUUUGAUGCAUGUAACACAACUCAGCACUGAGCACAUUUAUAUUUAGGAAGCAGUCAUGGAUAUUUUUGCCUUUGCUUUGAACCGUUCCCCUAACAAAAAGAAGCUUGUGUUGACAACGAAAGGAAUGGUAUAUUUGAGAACACAGCUCUCACUAUAGUGUAAUGAGCUCCAUAAAGUCUUGAUUGAUUUAUCCCCGCUGAGCCACAGAUCUUCUCUUUGUCGCUCAGCAUGCUGUCACUGUUGUUCCUUUUUUUUCAUCUGUUGAUUUGUUGUUGUUGCUAAUCAGUCCGGCCUCUCAGAAUAAGACUGUGGGAUGAACUUCACUCUUUGUUUCAAGCAAUCAGGAGAACGAAUGAUUACUCAUGCAAAUAGCAUUUAGGGUUUUUCCCUCCCGCCCACUUUUUUCUUUCCAAACAGAGGAAUAACAACAAAUUUUCAUUGCUGGAGAAAUGAAAAAUCUCAGCUGGAUGUCUUGAAAACAAUGUUAUCUCUCGACGUGGACCCUCAGCUGUGUAAUGGAGACUGUACAGCACAAAGGAGUCCAGUGUGGCAAGAGGCAGCCAAGAUUUCCCCCCUAUACUGUACCCCCUUUUGCUGCGCAGGCCUCGGUCGCUCACCAUCUGCCACUGUGUAUACACCCAUCAGCCCGGCAACUGUAAUCUCAGAAACAUUUCCUACAGACACAGGCAGCUCAGUGCCCAAACCCCCUGAAUCAGCAUGACGUGAAUACUUUCUUGUAGGACCAGGUUUUGAAAGAUCUUAACUCUCGCUGUGCUGUAUGGGUCUCAGCUGAGAGGACAAAAGCCUUUGUUCCAAAUAUUCAGUCCUGUCAGUGGAAAAAUGAGCAACUUUAAUCACCUAAUAAACUUCAGGUGGUGCAGUUUAAAGGACCAUAAAGAGACUACUCUGGUCAGUUUUUAUGCCGAGAUCACUGGUGUGAAUCAUAGACAUGAAAGAAGUAGAAAGUUGACCGUACAAAUGACAGAAUUUUAUUGGAAAAAGUAAUAGGAUUAGUUUUUCAAUGCUCGGUAAAUGACAUAUUUGUGUGAAUUAAAGCAGAACUGCUAUAUUUUAGCAGGAAGAGAAAAAGCUUGUUUGCAUAGUUGGCAGCAGAAGCUGAACUGCUAGGAUGGAAAGUUAGAGGGUUGGAUCAAAUAUCUCAUUUUAGUAAAAAAAAAAAAAAAAAAGGUCAGUGCAUCUCAAAGAGGAGAAGUAAUGUUGGCAAAGCAAAAGGAACAGAAAACCAUUCAUUUCCUAUUUUGUCUCUCUCUCUCUCUGUCCCCACUUCCUUUUAAAAAGGGGAGGUAGAGCAUACAGCCUUCUCAGACAGAGUUAGCUCAAGCUCAGAAGGGCCUCCUUAUUUAGCUUCUUCCCCUUUUCUCUGUUUUCCUCUGUCUCCUCUUACCCCUUAUUAGAGUGGCGCAUCAGGGGAGAAGUAUGGCGUACCCAGACCUUCCCAUUCUUCAUUCUGACAUCUUUCUACAUACAUUUCUCUUCAUUUUUACUCCUCUGUUCUCGUUUUUGUUGCGUGGGUAUGGUGGGAGGCGGUUCUAGCACGACUGGAGCUAUAACUAUUCAGCCUCCCAGAGGUGUCGUGGGCCUAACUUAACAAAGAGAGAUGUCCACUUGAGAAUCCCAGUGACUUACCGGCUCUCACUGUCCAUCUAUCCUCAUCUAUCUCUUUAUCUGGACUGUGGGGUACAUUAGGGGCCAUGUGGUGGUCUCUGCAAUUUAUCAAUAGAGAAUAUAAGAAGACUAGAUUAGCCGGGCUUGUAGCUGAGCUCUUAUCCACGUCAUUGGAGCACAAGCCUGUUUAUUUCUAAUUUAUUGACUUAAAUUGUGGUGGAAUAGCUGAUUUUAGAUCUGUCUGUGGUUUAGUAUCUUUUCGCAACAUCUUUACUUCCCUGGUUUACAGCUUUCCACCACAUUGAAUAACAAACAUGAGGUUUUGUUGCAGCUGAAACAGCCCGAUGAAUAAUUUACCUUUUUUAUUCAAAAUUUGGGCUUCAAGUCUUGUAUUUCCUGACAAUAAAAUCAAGUUGAUCCUCAAACAGUAGACAUGCUGUCAGUGUUAAUUAUAGAAAAGGCCGGUCUCAUGAAAACAGAGUAACACACUGUCUCUCAAAAGCUCAAUUCACCCAAACAGAAGGUUUUUUUUUUCAUACUUUUGACUGGAAAGUAAGGUCAGGCAUUCUGUUUGAUGUCUCGACAUGACACUCCUUCUUUUAUGUCAUGUUUACACCAUCUUUACCAUUCCUCACAUGCCGAGCAUUCGUGAACACGCCAGACGUGUGCACCGUCUGUUUCAGUAGGUAAUCCCAGCUACACAAUAAGCAAAGAAAUGUGUCUCUGUAACAGUGUCUGGAGAAUAAUUUUGGUGUUUUGUGGGUGGUGUCCCCGUUUCCACGACCUUGCUCCUCCCUGGAGACCCUCCACCCUGUCCUGUACGCAUAUUUCUGGUCCUCCUCAGGAGAGCUGGAGGAAUGUCUGCGGGGGAACGGUGACUGUAAAUAAAUAAUGGAGACGACCUGGGUGUUUCUUUCCUUCCUCGCUUGAGAAGGGUGUGUGUGUGUGGAUUUGCUGUUGGACGAUCAUGUUAGCUAAGCUUGGUUCGUUCAGGAAACACUCUGGGCUAUUUGCAUUCUGACGUAUGCCUGUAGUUUCUGUUUGUUUACUUGGAAAAAUACUCCUCAUGGAGGCCUCUAGGACAUAUGUUAGCCAACAGAUUUGCGGUUUUGAAUUCAGCCGUAUGAUUGAGUUUAUUUUUGUUAUAAUGCUCAAAUCAUUAAUCACAUCAACCUGCUGUUUCCCUGUUUCAUGAGGGACACGUGCCUGGGCUGUUUAAAAGCUCCAUUAUCCCAGUCAGAACUCACACUGAUGAAUAAUAUAUGGAGCAGAUAAACUCGGACACUAAAUGGAUGUCCCUCAAGAGCAACCCCAUAGGCUGUCUUCUUUACCUCUUCGUUUCACUCUUCUCUCUCUUCUCUCACCCUCUUCCUCCUCCAAAGAUAUACUCAUUUGCACACAUCCACGUGUUCAAUCCCUUCAAAGACGACAAGCGAAUACCCUGGGACUUGGCUUUUAGUGUCAGGUAACGCUCCGGAUUCUUGAAAAAUGCAGGGACAUGUGAGAGGGCCUCUAAAUUUAGAAGCGUUGCCAUCACUGCUCUUGUGUGGUCCUCUAAUUGUCACGUUACCCAGAAAUCCCUUUCCUGUUUGCUACUGUGCAAUCAUAGUGUUCACAUCGCAAACCUGCCGCCACUCUGCAUGAAAAAAAAAACUCCUAAUGAAUCAUUUGAGAGGGAGGAUAAAAGAGUUUUCUACCUUUUUCCUGUCAUGGUGGGAGCCUGAUAAUGAGGAGCCUACUGAGACAUUAGUUGACUUUGCCAAUGGGCACGCCCUUGUAAGCUGCGCAGAAUAUCAAUAUAGGGCAAGGUUAAACAGUUCCUCCUAUUGUCUCACUACUGUAGAUAUUUUUGGGACAAGCCCCCAUAAGGCUUUUAAAAGAGAUUUAAUAAUCUCAAUUAAUUUCUAGAGCAACAAACGCUGCUGCUGUUUCAAAUGCAUAUGGGAGCGUCUCAAAAAUAGCUUUCUUUUUUCACAGAGAGGGAGCCUGUUGCAUACAUAGCAUAACCUGAAUGAUUCUUCAAGGGUAUUAAAUCACACAAACAAGCAUUGUCCUUUCUUACCCGCUUUCAUUGACGGUUUUAACUUGAGCUCUUUCCUGCUAAAGAAUUGGUCCGAGUGCCAAUGUCAACAUGGAGAUUUGAAGAAUUUCCCAGGAACCAGCAGCACUGGUUUUCGGAGGAAAUACUGAUAAUAGAAACGUUUGAACACAUCCCUUUUUUAUGUCGGUUGAGCUCUGGUUAUUUUUACUACCAAAUUUGUGUUCAUAUAAAAUAAAACAAGCUGCACAGACAACAUUUUCAUAUCGUCAUGAUAGUGAAUCGCCUGUUGGCCAUUCAUACACCUAAGAUAGCAACAUUAGAAUUUAAUUUAACUAAUGAUUCUGGCCUUUUAGACAAUUUCAGACACUUUAUGUGUGAUGACUCUAGAACAUAUGGAAAGUUCACUUUCUGAAUCAAAUGAACUUUUUCAGGACAGUUUAACUUCUGAGGAUAUAAUUGGUGACAUCCACAAAGUCAACAAACUUUGUCUGUUGACAUGCUCCAACCAGUUUCUGUCCCUUUUUUUCUCAGCAAAUACCUAACUUGUGAUAAGACUCUUUAAAGGAACCAAAUAACAAAAAGUUGCAGGUUGUAAAUCAAAACAAGGAGCUACAAGAUGCUAAAACACCAUGCAGGGCAUAGAGAAGCCGCAGAGUCAGUUAUUAGUUACAAUACGAACUAUUGCAGUGUCAAAAAAGGGAAACUGUUCUUGAUGUGUUGUGUUAGUUGACCCUUUACAGUUUAGAGAGUUAAUAUGCUCACACAGACAGACAAACACAGAAGCGGAUGUACUGGUGCAAAUCAGUUAUUUGCAGUCCACGAAAUGGCUGUGUACACACACACAGACACACACACACACAUAUGCAUACACAUUUAUAGCGUGGCACAUCAGCAUGUACACACAGAAGCGGAUGUGGUGGUGUGAAUCAAUAAUGCUGUGUUGUCACAGGGUGACAUGUGAGCCAUGGCAGGGAGCAGAUGGCCCCAGGGUGCCUUGCUUCCUGUUAGUCGUGCCAUUCAACCUCAACACACACAGGCAUGCACACACACAUGAACACACACACACACAGACUACCAUCUCUGCUGGGAUUUCCUGGUGCAACUAGCCACAGCACUGGCCAUUAACAAACAGCAGCAUGCCAUUAUUGGCUUUUCUCCGAAAUGCUGAGUAUAUGCCCCCCCUUCAAAAUAAAACGAACAAAAAAAAAAGAAGCAGCCCCAUAAUGCUAAAUAGAUUUCUCUGCCCUGUCCAUGGAGGUCUGGGGUAAAUAAGUCUUUGGACCCCUCCCCAAUGAGAGUUUUUGCCAGCAGAGCAAACAGCCCUCUGGAAAUCUGAUCUGUUCCAGUGGACACUGAGUGAGGUCAGCCAUCGCCUGGAUAUCACUCUGACAAUGUCGUAUUGAUUGUGCAUUUCCAUCGGUUUGUGCCAGUGUCUCAUUGCUCAGACUCAAUUAACACAGUGAACUGGUGGCUGUAAAUGUUCAGCUGCGUUAUGAAGGUGAUUUAUUGAAACUCGUGAUGUAGGAGAAAGCAUCUCAGUGGAAGACCUUGGCGAGAUGUUUUAGCAGUUUAAUGUUGAUACUGAGAGCUCUUGCCCUCUGGUAAAUCUCUCCCAGCAGCACCACCCUGUUGGCAGUCACCUUUGACGGCGACUGAUUGGGUUUGAAGUACAGAGAAAACUAUGCGACCCUGGCGUUUGAAGAUAAAAGCUCUGCCAAGGGUACGUUGCUGCAGCUACAUUGUGUUUCAGGGGUUUCAGAAAACUCCCUGCCGUCGUGAACUCUUGACAUCCGCCAAAAUCUACAACCAAAUCCUGUCAGGGGAGCAGACAUUCUGCGGCUGUAUAUGUAUGUAACCCCUGCUGUUUCCUGAGAGCACCCUGACAAGGAUCGCUUGCCAACAGGGGCAUACCCAGUUUUAAUAGUGUUACGUUACAUCAAUGUACUGCCUUUAAUUGGGUGUUGGAUUGUCAUUACAACCUCAAAUAAUGAUGGAUCCCUCAAGGAAAACAUGCAGUAUCGAAUCUUGACACAUGGCAGUGAUUCCUUUUCUUCUCAGGUAUUUUAUUUUACACUUUUUGGUAUUUUUUGACAAUGUUACUGUGUAUGUUCUCCGAAUGUAAUCAUCUUAUGACUUGUAGGGCAAUUUUUUUAUGACGCCUGGAUUCAGUAAUGUCAGGCGCCUCUUUUUUUUUCUUUAUAGAAGAGUGUUAACUUUGACAUGUCUAGACGAGUCUCUAGUGGGCAAAUUUAACCACCAGACGUUUAAUUAACUCUGCAAAUUGACCCAUAAAGUGCUUCAUUUAUCUUUCACAUUUUGUGGCUCUUUGUGCUGUAAAAGCUGUAAAAUAAAGAGCCCCUUAAGUAUGCAUUUUCUCUACUUUAAUCUACAUGUAUUUGACCUUUGAUAAUCACAGUGUCAAAUUAUCAGCCAGUUUUGCAAACUCAUUUUCUGAUACCACCCAAUCCAUCACGACAGGCAACCAGAUCCCCUUGACCUUCAAUGUCUCCAGAUUUGAAUUAAUGUGAGUCCAAAUUCUUGCACUCCAGGGAGGACAUUGCAUGGGUUAAAAAAUAUAUUCCUGGAUGAAAUACCUGGACUUCACAAGGUGUCUUUGAUCAGGCGGUGAGGCUAACAGGGUUUAGGAGGAGGAGAUUGAAAGCCAAGCAAGCAGAGACAGCUUAUAUGGUGAGAAACAGGCAGCCAGGUCCUUCUUCCUGCCACAUGGGCUGCAGCGAGGUCGAGACUAGCUGGGUAAUUGCUGGAAAAAAAAAAGAGAACGGAUGGUUGGCAAAAUGGGAUAAGGCCACCAGAGUUGAAAGACCAAAGCAACACGGAGCAAGCGAAGUAACGUGUUUUGAUUGGAGUUCACGCUGUAGGAGUUUGACGUCAGGAGUAAACAUAGAUUAGCUCACUCACGUUGUAGACAUUUAUGGAGCAAAGUUGGAUGAAGUUGCCUGUUAAAGUCAUCUGACCAAACCAUCAUCUGAUUCUCAGCUGAUCCAUCUGCUGACUUGGAAGGUGGAGGAAUUUAGUUGUGAAACCUCCACAUAGGCAUUAAAUAGCACAGACAGAAGAAUUUAAAAAAAGCACCUGCAGCUAAAUUUACUAUAUGGAUGCAUGUUUUCUGUGUGAUUCAGGUCUCUAUUUAAGGCGGUGUGUUUUUAAAAUUCACCAUAUAGCAGAAGUCAAGGCCACUCUCUCACUGAAUACCAAUAAAGACAUUUCUGGGACUAUUCCGCCGAGAAAAAGCUAAAAAAGAAACCCCCCUCCUCUAUUAUGAAACUGCCGUGCCUUAUUAGCUUUCUGCACAUUUUCACUCCAGACCUUCAGCGUCACAAUAGGCAUACUGAUUAUCAUUCAUCAGGUAGCCUGUGCUUGUUUCCUUUUGCUCUCUCUGCAUACAGACAGGGAAGGUCACACAGCUUCGAGUGAGCCAUCCUGCUCCACAUAGUUCAAACAAUCAGACCUUUUAAAAGCCCAGCAUGGCUCUCUCCAGGGUCACAACUGAACUCGGACCAAAGAAUAAAUGGAUCAGGAGUAGAAGCUGCCUUUUGAACUGCUAGGUUGGGAUUUAAUUACAUCUAUCAACCGCUAAGGAGGAAUUAAAUGUAGUUAUAUAAUACAUAAUGAACGUAUGAGGAGUUGCUUUGUUUCUUUCAGUCCACUUGGUUAUCUCAAGGUUGGUUCCUCCUUAUAUCUGGCCCCUCUCAAGCUCACACAGUGCAGUUGUUUGUCUGUGCACAUCAAUGCAUUCCUCUCAUUCCUCUCCCCCCUGGAUGAAAAUCAGCUGGUUGCCUGAGAGAGGUCGUUGAACUUUUCUCCAUGCAGUGUUCCCAGCCUGAGAGCGGAGACAAGGAGAGGGGGGAGGGCAGAGCAGAGCGAGGAGGAGGAGAACGUCUGAGUUCAUUCCUGAGAUUGCUUUUAAUAAGUGAGCAAAAUCUAGACUGUGGAUUUAUGAUUUCUCAGCCCUAAGUUCAGUUGUGUAAGAAUAAAUAUCGGGUCCCUCCUCCUUCUUGUUUUGAAUGACCUCAUCUUCUGCACGGGAUUUGUGACUCAAGUCACACAUUUAGACCCUCUUUCCUUGUUUGUGUUUGUCUUCCCAAACAGAACUGACUUACAAAAAAUAUUCAGAGCCUCGGGUUUAACUUUUAUUUCAUGUUUUUUAAGGCAAAAUCUCAAAAAGUGGACUUAACAACAGUGUAUAAUUCAGUGUGAUAAAUGAGGUGAGAGGGAAACAUCCUGUAGCAAACACUUGAAGAUUUGAAGAUGAAAAUUUUAAAAUAAUUACAACAAAUGUUAUCUCAACAAAAAGAGCUGGUCUAGACCGUACUCUUCAUGACAUUGACAAUAAUCCAUUGUAAAGAUGGGAUAAGACUGAGUCUCAUCUUGUAAGAUCAAACUGACUCCAACUCAACUACAGUGGGAGUGUACCACUUGAGCAACUAUUUGGAGAGGAAAGAGUUUCUUUUAACAGGCAGAAACCUUGAACAGAACCAGACUCAUGUUACACAGUCAUCGGCUGAUACUGCAUUGCGAUGAGAAAGGAGAUAGAAGGAGAUGGAGAAAGAAAAAGAUGGACAGAGAUAAACAAAAAUCACAAUAAUACUUUAAGAUGUAUGGUUUCAAGGCCAGAGAUUAUGGAACAAGUCUGUGUACUAUUUACAGGAACAGCAUGCUCAUGAUAGUAGACUGAUCUUAGUUUGUGUAAUGACAAAUAGAAUCAACAGGUCUUUAGUAAAAGCAUAGCAGUGAUAGCGUCAUAGACUGUAUAUAGAAUGGACAGUGUCUGCCUCCAUGCUGGGUGAAGCCACCCCGAGAACAGCGUACUCUGGUGACGGGCUGCAGUAUAGGUCAUAAAUCCCGCCUCCUCUAGCAAUCCCUAUGGGGCUGUGAACAAAUUUUCUCCCCCCUGGUUGCAGUGUUGACAUGUAGUUAUUGUAAGACUGGUUUGUGCUCAAGUCCUCUUUUUUUCUGUACAGCUCCAUUUUUAAAAGUUAUUUGGAUGUUCAUGUUUUCUAUGAUUGACACCUGAUACAGCCUAUGGGAGUACAAAGAUUGCAUAGCUCACCCAGGGGAUACGCAGUUUGAGCCAAGCAUCAUCACAGCGACUCUCCCACCGAAUGCAUACAAUCCUACUGCGAAAGUGGUGGAGUGCGUACAACGCUACUGCACAAUGUUGGUUUCAGAAAGUGGAGAAAAAAACGCAGAAAUACCGAGAGCUUUUCAGCUUCAAAUCUGUAUACUGGCGAAAGGCGGAACCAAGUUGUCCGUAGUAUAUACAGUCUUUAGAUAGCAUUCAUGAUAUAGUUCAUUAUAUUUGAGUGUAGUUGAAUAUUAGCUUAUAAAAAUGGUGAAACUGACUAAUAAAUUAACAGUAGCUUUGUAACGGGGCUAAAACUGGUAGGACUGGUGCAUGUAGUUAAAGCGACCCUGAAAAGCAGGCCACAGGUCCACAGCAGCAGGACGUCUGCCGUGGCGACCCACAGUGAGGCUGUGGUUAGACACUUUAAUGGGACAUGAUGAAUCAGUUUCUAUUGUCAAUCCGACUGGGUUAUAAAUACUGCUGUUUGAAAAUUGGAGAGCAAGAAAUUCAUCAUCAUUGAAGCAGAAGUGGGUGAUGUCAUUCAUGAAAUCUCACCCGUCUGAAAGGUCACUGUCAAGUCUUGAUACUGAACAUGAACUUUCCCCUCAACUUACUUAAGACCACUUGAUCACAAGGAUGGCAGCAUGACUGUCUGGCAGCAAAACUGAUGACUUUAUUGUUCCAGCCACAGAUAGCUAAUUCGUGAGCAGCGUCAACAAGUUUCUGCCGGUGUUGUCUGCGGUUUGAAACCAUGUCAGGAUGAAUAUGUAAUAUGUUUAAACGCCUGGAGUUGCAGUCUGUGCUUUUGGCUUUGCAUUAGUUGUGAAUUGGCUGUGCAUUUGCCGUUUGUGCAAUUAUACCUGAAGUUAAUUUUGUUGUGGAAGAUGUGAAAACAAACAAAAAAAGUGCUUUUAAUCUCUUUGUCCAACCCCCUAAUAGAUAGCAGCAUCUACAGGCAUGGAAAAAAUCCAUACAGGGAUAACCAGUCCAUUCUCUGGUGGUUAUCUAUCACUGGUUAUGUAGUUUAAUCUCAGUUAACCCUGUUUCAUAACCAGCGAUAAUCUCCUCACAGGUGCUAUCAGUAUUGUACUUGAGUAAAUGUGCGUAGUUACUAUCACAGGCGGUAAAUGUCCUCCCUUUGACUUCUCAAUGUGCCUUCCUUACUCCCCACUUCAAAGGUGUUCCUCAGGGAACCUCACUACAAACACUCGGUUGUUUUCUCCGGCAUUAUCGGACAUCUGAGCUCCUCGAUGUGCUCUCAACAUGCCCUCAUCCAGACUGUGGCCUCUCUCAUUUACAUGGCUAACAUGGAGAACACUACUGAACCUGAAACCUGGCCUCUGUGAGCUCCAAUCACAUAAACUGCUCCAAUAUCUUGUUGCCAAAACUGGCGAGCUUUCAUUCAGCCGUCGAACUCUGCCGUUUGAAAGAGGAGACUUUGAAAGGCGACUGGCUUUGAUGUUCUAAUACUUUCUGCCUCCCUGACAUGUUUUAUUCUUUAUUAGAUGAUAUUACUCUUGAUUUGUUUGGCGGUACUUUCUAAAUUACAGGGGCUCCUUCAAAGGACGAACUAUAGCAGGCCUGCUUUUUCUGAUCAUAAAAGUUGCCUGGGAUUUAGGAGUCAGUUAAUGGUUCAAAACAAACAGAAAUCUCUUAGUUACAGUGUCUAACCAACCAUAGCUCUCCCACCCCCACCCUUUCUCCACGGCAUUAGUAUGACUACAUGUUUGGCUUGCCUUGAGACUCUCUUAGUUACCCGCACAGAAUCUGUGAUUUAACCAUACUUGGCUGUGUCACAGAGAAACCGUGGUCUUAAAACCAGACGGUGAUGUCAUCCCCACAGCAUCUGGCACAGGAAGUGACUUAACGGCAACUGAACUGUCAAGCUCCUUUACAAAGACUUCCCCAAUCACUGCUGCCUCAAAAAGUAGCUCUUUGAACAUCGGGAUUGUGUCAUUCGGUUACAUGAGGGCUCGGAAACAAAAGCACAUUGACGCAGUGGAACAGCUGAAUGCUUCGUUUCAAGUAAAACCAAAACAAAGUGACUUCAUUUCAAGCCCAGAACAAUCAGACUGCACAUGAAGCAAGCUGCAGAUGGUGCUCCCACACAUUUCAUUCAUUAUAUCGGGUACACUGGUCAUUUCUGGCUCACAUCAUUCGGUCUAUUUUCAGCUCCACUGCAUUUGUGCUUGUGGUUGUGUGGUCUAAAGGUCAGCGGGGGUCAUCGAAUAUGACUUUAAAAGCUUGAAGCAGUGUGCCGCCCCUGUUUCAGGAAAUUAGUCCUUCCCAUAGGCCCUGUUUGUCACAGAAGAAGCAACAGGCCACCUGGGAAUCUGCCGGUUCCCACGGUCUUUAUCAGAGGUCUCUAUCUGUCCCAAUCAAGCAGUGAAGUGUAGCUAUGAGGGGGGAUCCCACGCUCCGUUUUUUAUCAAUACAGGAAGUGUGCCGGUUGUUGCGAACAGCACUCCAGCGCUGAUUUAAAGCUGUUUUAUCAGGGGUUUGAAAUGUGAAAGUUUUCCUCUUGUGUUUAAUCAUUAACCCAAACUGCAGAGUGAAUGUGAAGCCUUUUCGUCCUCUUAAGUGCCUCUACGAGUUUUAAAUGCCACAGAGUACUUUAAUUCACCAAGUGGCUCUUUAUACAAGUGUCCUUGCAAAUUCUUGUGUGUAGAAUUCAAAUGGAAUGACAUCAAAUGAAGGGUUUCGCACGAUUAUCUUUGGCUUUGGCGGGUUUACAUGAAUUUCCAAAGCCGCGAAGACGUCAUGGGAACAGUGGAUGCGAUGUGCGGUGUUUCAUAGGAGAGAACGCAGGGCUAUUAGACAUCGGAGUGGCUGACAUCCUGUCUUUACUGAAAAGCCACUCAAGCCAGGUUUAAUGCACUCUAAAUACACCAGCGUGCGUGAUGACUCAGCGGCCCCUUUUUUCCUUUCCCUACCUCUGGUUUUGCACGUCAUGGUUGGCCUUUUAAAAUCUGGCUGAGUGGCAGAGAGGAGACUUGUUUGAUUAGAUCCUGUAGCCCUGAACCAGGAGCCCAGAUGGAACGUCUUGAUAUUUUUAGCAACACUACAGUCUUGCCGCUUCUGUCCUGUUUUACUAUUGUCACUUCCUCCUCCGCUCAGGGGCCGGAUGGGCUCAGUGCAGACAUCCCCAGAUGAGGCAGACAUCCUCUUUCAGCUGCAUUGUCUCUGUGUGAGAAAGCCAUUGUGCCAAUUUUGGGCAGCUGUGAAGGAUUUUUGGACUCAAUUGUACAGGCUGAAAUAGGUUUCAAGGUGAAAAUCAGAGCCAAGAAAUGAGAUACUGAGAUUAAUCGUAAAGGAAAAGGUUUCUUUUUCCUUUGAUGUCUCUUGCAUGCAGAAGUGUGAUUGUAAGUGAUACACUCUGAGCUACAGAAAGGUGUACGGAGGGGAGAGCGAGUGAAAGCAGAGCAAACCCAGUCUGCGUCCGUCCACUCAGAGGCUGCAAGGUCAGCCAGAGCUUCAUUUCAUGUUUGGAUCAAAGCUGGUCAAUACAAUUCAAUAGGCUCAGUGAGAAUAAAGGGGCUGUAAGGAUUAAAUAAGCACUCAGUCAAGGUUAAGUGAAAGAUCUGAAAUGUUUGUACUCUCAGAAAACUGCACAAAUUGGAUGGUUUAACUCCAGUGGUUCUCCUCCUCCUCCUGCCCCUUUGAUGGGAUAAAAAAAACAAGUGGAGCGUUAUUCAUUUCCAAAGAAACCAAAGUCUCCUGUGUAAAGUUACAGUCCUCAUUUAUCUACUGGUUCAGACAAUGAAAAAUGGAGACAAUAAAAAUACGCAGAGUGUCAUGAGGAGUGUGGGUGAUUUACUGGCGAUCACGUUUCUUGUUCCAGUAGAGCAGGCUCACUCCCACGGGAGAGUGCGCUGUUUUGUAAACACACAAAUGCUGCCGCCGCUGACGGAAAUUUGAAUAUUUAUGAGCCUUAAGGGUAGGAUCCAGCACCGUCAAAGAUGUUCUUUCCUUUACAGACGAGUUCAAUGAAUGUACAUUCACAAGUAUGAAACCUGAGUCUUUAAUAGAAAACCAAAGGGAGAGCAAAUUAAAAAAGGUUUCCUGUUUCUUCUGAUUCAAGUCAGGACUUUCUUUCUGUUCUCUUUUUAUUACACAGACUGACAUUUAACCAAAGACUUGACAUUUUCGAGCAAUUAGAAGGGUGUUAUUGUAGUGGGCGGGGAAUUUAUAGGCCUGUGUUAAAAAUAAGGCGUUUUUUAAAGGCUGUUAAGUGUCAAUGAACUUUCUCCAUGGCUACUCAUGAUUCAACCUAUAAAGAUGGACAAUCCUGUUUUCACUGGUAAGAGCUGAAUGUCUCCCAGCAGCUCAGUGCACCUAUUAAAAAAAGGUGAACAAAGACAUAUACAUAGUCUAAUCCGGUUGCUGAUCUUUUAUAUGCUUUUGCUGCGUCAAUUGAUUUUGCAGAACAUCAAUACCACCACACUGAACUUCUGAAACAGCCCCAGAACAAAGAUCCGCUUCUGCAUCCCACUGUGAAACAAAGUGAAAAAGGUGUCCUAGCAUGCAACCAGCAACUUCAAAAGGUCAUGUGGUUAACCACUUUUUGAUGGGAUAAGUUACUUCCUGGAGUCACUGCUUGUCUGGGGAACCGGUUAAGUAGAGCAUGUUAAAGAAUGAUAUAAAGAAUGACAGAAAUACAUAAGCAUCUGAUAGAGCCAGUACAUUAAUAAGUUUUGGCAAUCUUGUACCAGCUGCAAAAUGGUACCUGGAUAAUUUCUGUUAUUCAGUGCGUUUACAUGCACAACUUGAUCAGACUAAGCUCGAAUUAUUGACGUGAACGUGUCCUCCUCCCCAAAACUAGGGGGCGAUAUGGGUCUUUUCAGCAGCACUGUUUCCGGACCUUUUUUAAAGAUGUCUCUGUUCCUCGUUUUGCGACUGUCCAUAUACUUUAUAAUGUCCAUUUCUGUCAGGACGGAAAGCAAAACGGCGCUCUCCUCGUCGUUCCAAAAGUGGACAUUUUUUCAUGCUUCAGUCAUGUUGCUGAUGCUUCUGAGUCAAAAGUUCUUUAAAUGAUAGUGACACUUCUUCUCUGGUGUUUUUGUACACAUGCACACAUGCAUUGUCCGAUUAUACUACGACUACGCUGUUUACAUGGUGGAGUAAAUCGAAUUUCAAUCGCAUUAUCUGGGUGUCUUAAUCAGAGUUCUCAGACCCCAAUCGGAGUUCUUGAACUCUGAUUAUAGUCAGACUAAGGUGUUUAAAUUCACUUCAGUUGUCCGGUCUUAAUCGGAGUGAGGCAAUAAUUCGGUUUUCUCGAGUGUCAUGUAAACGUACAGAUGGAUUGAGGCCUGAGCUCGGUACGUAUGUAUUUUAAAACAAAGGCUCCUCUAAGGGUUUAUUUUCCAGGCUUGUAGCUUUUUGACCCAUUCUCUGUCACUUCGGUAUGAGGCUAUUGUUUCCAAGGGUUGCAUUAUUUUCCCAGUGUAGUGAAGGGCUCAGUGUCCUCAGCUCCAAGCUGUUGGGCAGUGCUGACACACAGGGAUUCACCGGAUAAUGAGAAAGCCAACAAACUCCUCCGUCAUCUCAUUUUUGCCAGACAAGUCAAUGGAUGACACUCCUGAGAUUCAAUCGAGCCUGACCUUGCUUCCAGACAAGAGCUUCACCUAUUGUGUCUGGGGAGGAUUCCUUUUUUCAUCACAGCUGCAUUAAAAGCAGAUCGAUUGUAAAGGACAUUAAUGCCGUCCUUGCAUUUUUCUCUCUUACAGCCAUUACUCCUCCUCAGCUCAAGAAAAGAGAAUUUUGUUUGACUUUAAUGAGCUGCCGAGGAGUCGGCAAGAUGCUCAUUAGGAAAUCAAAGAGGGGCGGCAGCGGCAGCAUUUGCAAUAUAAUCAGUGCAUUACUACGUGGAUGUUUAGGAAAUAAACAGAGCGUAUAGGGAGAGGCUCGGUUCAGAGGUGAAUAUAGCAGCGGAGCCACAAAAGGGACUUUAAUUACAAGUUGAACUUUAACCCACAUCCCUUUCUCUCAGUCUUGGUCUUCCCGCAAUUACCCACAGAAACAUCCCAAAACAGAGAUGACGGCCCUAAUCAUUUUCACUGUUUCGGCAAAAGCGCAGCUCGGGGUUUAACUAACCAGCCAAGCGCAGAAGAUGACUCAUUAUCUCCCACAUAAGUUGAGGUAUCAUUCCCAGUGGUGCAGGGAUACCCAAAGGAACUAGCGGAUGUUUGGUAUUUCCUGUUACCCUUAAGAUAGUGUAAGGCAUCCAAGGAAGACAACGCUGAAAAAUCUCUUUGUUUCCAUGCGAAAGACGCUGAGCAAAAACCCAGAGGUCCAAAUCAUGAGAAAAACAAAUCAGGGGUCGAGGACAGUCCCUCUCCCGCUGGUGGGAAAAGCAAAUCAUGUGUGAAGCUUCCAGCUCGGGUAACCAUGACACUCGGGCAGAAAGUUGCCACCCCAUGGCUGAGUGCUGGAUCCUCUCAAGUCCUCGCUGUUGAAUCUCUACUCUGUAUGUGUGUGUCUCUAAGGGAUUCAUUGUGUGCAGUAAAAACGAAGGAAAGCGAGUGUGUAAACCCGGCUAGGCAUUUUCCCAUUGGGUUCUCAGCUUCUGUAGGGCGGCUGUGACCUUUAAAAAGCCAUUGAUCCAAAGAAUGAAUACUGUAGAGAACUGCUGCCUAGACUUUAUUUCCCAGAUGCACACCUGCUGCUGGUGGCAGGUGGUUUGCUUCGGGCAAUGAGAUGAGUUUUUGAGGAUUAUGGAGUCUUUUGUUGAUGUGAUGAAUUGUCCUUUCCUUCCCCUGACAACCUUCAAUGUUCUCCUUUGCAAGCUGCUUAUUAUUAUUUUUCUUUUUCAUAAAAAAAUGUCAAUAGAGGAGGAGGAAGAGGUAGAAAGAGGACAGGAAAGAAAAAUAGAGAUUUUUUUUUUCUCACAUGUUAGUGGAAGCACUUCUUAGUAACGUGUGGGUGAAAAAGUUCCCUGUCCUGAAGUAGAGCAUGCCUCAGUCUCAUGAUAUCCACCUGACACCCUCCUUCCCUCCCGCCCUCGCUCUUCUAUCUCUAUUUCCCGGCUCUCCCCUGGGUCACUCUGGAGUUAUUACCGUCCGUGGCCCAGUGGGAUUCUUUUAAACAUCCAUCACCGCUCUUACAAACCUCUUACUGUAAUUGGCCCACUUUUGUUUCAGACUUAAAUAGAUGAUAAUCUAUGCCGACUGUCUGGGACAUAUUGAGGACACACAUCAUGAGUUUGCCAUUUUGAGGGGCCGUGCUAGCGGUCAGUCACAUGUACUUGCUGCUGGACACAGUGACUGGUUUUAGUUGUUGCCUCAGCAAACUGUGAUUUUCCUGGAGUAGGUGGAAAAAAAAAAAAGAUGGAGGGUGUGUUUUUGCCAACUAACACAUUCACUGCAGCGGGAGGUCUGACUGAGAGGCUUGUUCUCUAAUUAGUACCUGGAUCCUGGGUUUCUUUGCUGAAAAGUAGCCUCUGUUCAGAGUACUUUAUUUAUUUAUUUACAUUGGAUACCCAUUAGCCAUGCAAGAAACAAGGGAUGUCAGAAUCAGCUAGCCAGCAACUUUGCUCCAAAAUGAAACCCCCUUACAAGCUGAUAGACUGCUGCCCAAUUCAUCUAUCAAGUCAAAAUGUGUCGAAUGGAUUAGCACAAACCUGGGCAUAGAUGUUUGUUGUUAAAGGGAUAUUCCAGCUACAAUUAAGUUAGGGUCAAACACACUGUAACACCGAGUUAGACAUUCCCUCGAGAGAUGAAUGUUGCCAACCGCUUGCUUCUCUAGUUAAACCAACUUUAGUAAUGACCGCACGAUAGCAAUAUAAAGCAGUCUGAGGAGCCACAAGCAAACCUCAACCAAAACACCACUCUAUAGCCACAAAUAAUGAUCAGAACAGCACCUAACUUCAUCAACAGUACAUAUAGGGUCCCAGCCACAGCACUAGCCACCAAACAUCUUUUUAACUUUGCCUAAUUUCUUUAGCAAAGAGACUAAACACAACUUAACCACUGUCCUCCAGCAGCCGCUUGUUUGUAGUGAGACCUCGGGCCAGUCUAUUACAGACUGCUGCAGGGUGACACAGCUCAAGGAAGAACGUUUAUGAUUUACUUCACGGAAAUGCACUCAGAUCAAGACACUAAGGCAGAAGAACUACCGCGUCUGCAGUGCAAAAUUAUCAAUAUGAAGAUUAUUAUUUCAAGGAAAUUAUAAAGAAAUGGUCAUAAAUGUUCUUCCUUGAGCUGCGUCACCCCACACCAGUCCCUAAUGGACUUGUCUGGACUCGCCUCUGUACAAACAAGUGGCUGCUGGAAGAGAGUAGGUGAGUUGUGUUUAGUCUUUUUGCUAAAGAAAUUAGGCAAAGUUAAAAAGAUGUUUGGUGGCUAGUGCUAUGGCUGGGACCCUAUAUGUACUGUUGAUGAAGUUAGGUGCUGUUCUGAGCAUUAUUUGUGGCUAUAGAGUGGCGUUUUGGUUGAGGUUUGCUUGUGGCUCCUGAGACUGCUUUAUAUUGCUAUCGUGCCGUUGUUACUAAAGUCGGUAUAACUAGAGAAGCAAGCGGUCGGCAACAUUCAUCUCUCAACGGGAUGUCUAAUUCGGUGUUACAGUGUGUUUGACCCUAAAUUAAUUUUGCGCCGGAAUAUCCCUUUAACAAAGGGUUAAUCACAUUGACUGUGUUGAUUUUUCCCCCCAGUAUAUCCAGAAAUAUAUCAUUACACCCCAGCAUUUUCAUUUGCCAACAUGCCAAAUUAUUGUGGUACAAUGGCAAUUCAUGUAAAAGCUUUUAAUACAUCUCUGCUUCGGAUUUACAUUUUAGCCUUGUCAGUGUGUCCACAUUAGCCUGUGUUAUUUAGCCGUUCCCGGUGAUGAUUUCACUCUCAUGCCUGUUUUAGCUUCUGCUAAUUAAAACUGCUCAGCUGCAACAAAGGAAAUGCCAUGUGGUUAAAGAUAUUACUGGCUGAUUUAAGAGCGCACUGUGUUUAGACACCAGAGGGCCUAAACCGGGAAGAAACUGCUGAUCCUUCCUCCUCUGUGUCACCAGCUAACCCUCCGCCUCAGGAAUGCAACAGGACGGAAAGGGAGGAGAGGGGAAACAGGAAAUACUUUUGUCUACCCGCAGCACUUCAGAAUGGAUCUCCUUUUUUUUUGUUAGUCUGCACUGGGCUUUUGUUUGAUAAAAGAGAAAUGUGACACUUGUAGAGAGGAGUGUAAUGACCCAGUUAUGCCUCCUCAAGGUCGAGUUAAACGUGUGUAUUCCAGUUAGAACUACACACAACAUAAUUACUGUAGGUAAACUGAGUGAAAUCAGAUUAAAAUAGAAUAAUGAUGACCUCCUGUGGGAGCUGACAUAGUAAUGUUAUUGUAAAUUAAACUUAACAAUUCACUAUUGUUCACAGAUAGGUCAAGUUACAAAGGGAGUACUUUUAGCUCUUAACAAGUCGGUUCCUAAUACAGUUAGCUUAAAGACUUGAUAGUCAAAAGAGAACCACAGAUCCACUUUUGAGCCUCUCUAAAAUACACUCUUUCUUCUAUUCUCGCUUGGUUCCAGAUAAUCUAAUUGUGUUGUGAAUGUGUGUGUGUGUGAGUGUGUGGGAGAGCUACAAGCUUAGCACCAUGACUUCCUGUCCAGCUGUUCCUGCUGUCACUGCUCACGAGCAGAUGUCUGUAUUUCCAUGUUAGGACACACUGUCGUGGUAUUUGCUUAACAGAAUCCAACAUACACGGUCAGAUUUGAUGCAGACCCCCUUUUUUCAACUCCUGUUAGCAGCAGAAAGUCAACUCCCCUUAGAGUCACAUUAAUAUAUUAAUGCCCGAGCGCUGCAACACUCACCCACAUGCUAGAAAACCUCCAAAAUUUGCCGACAUGCAGUUGUGAGUGAGUGGCGAUUCCCCUGUUUGUCUAGUAUGUGUAUCUGUGUGUGUGUGUGUCUUCCUGCGUGAGAUUGUGAGUAGGAAGGUGUGAGAGCUGAUGAGCAUUAACAGAGCUUCUUUCAGAGUGAGAGUGUAAUAACACCCCAUUUCCACCCAUAUUUGGUGAUAGCCAAAGGGAUUUACAUUUUAAAGGGUCAGUUCACACAAAUGUUAAGAAAGAUGUUUUCACACUUACCCUGAGGAGCGCUGUACAGGGAAGGGUUGGUUUAUUGAAGUAUUUCGCUGUUGAUCCAUUCCAGUGAAGGUGUAGUUUUGCCGGUUUUGUUUUGGUGCUUAUGGUAUCAUAAAAUAAUAUUUAAAUUAACUGUUUUAUGGUUUCAUAUCAAUCUAUUGACAGUCACUGGUAAAACAUCAAAGCUUUCUCAGUUUAGUCCAGUCAAGAAACAUGACAUGUUCUUGAGUUGGUCUAUGGCAGACCUUAAAGUUAAGGAAAGUUCAAGAACUCUGACGUUACUUAGAGUUUUCUCAUGUUUGAGCCAGCUUUAAAGGGAUAUUCUGGGGUUAAAUUAAUUUAGGGUCAAACACACCAUAACACCAAGGUAGACACCCCCUCGGGAGAUGAAUGUUGCCGACCGCUUGCUUCUCUAGUUAUACCAACUUCAGUAAUGACCGUACGACAGCAAUACACAGCAGUCUGGGAAGGACAAACCUCAACCAAAACACCACUCUAUGGCCACAAAUAAUGCUCAGAACAGCACCUAACUUCAUCAACAGUACAUAUAGGGUCCCAGCGACAGCAUUAGCCACCAAACAUCUUUUUAACUUUGCCUGAUUUCAUUAGCAAAGAGACGAAACACAACUCACCUACUCUCUUCCAGCAGCCGCUUGUUUGUAGCGAGACCUCAGGCCAGUCCAUUACAAACUGCUGUGGGGUGACGCAGCUCAAGGAAGAACAUUUACGAUCAUUUCGUUAUCAUUUCCUUGAAGCAAUAAUCACCAUAUUAAUCAUUUUGCUCUGCAGACGCGGUAGUUCUUCUGCCUUAGCAUCUUUGUCUGAUUGCACUUUCAUGAAGAAAUGAUCAUAAAUGUUCUUCCUUGAGCUGUGUCACCCCACAACAUUCCGUAAUGGACCGGCCUGAGGUCUCGCUACUAACAAGCGGCUGCUGGAAGAGAGAAGGUGAGUUGUGUUUAGUCUCUUUGCUAAAGAAAUUAGGCAAAGUUAAAAAGAUGUUUGGUGGCUAAUAUUAUGGCUAGGACCCUAUAUGUACUGUUGAUGAAGUUAGGUGCUGUUCUGAGCAUUAUUUGUGGCUAUAGAGUGGCGUUUUGUUUGAGGUUUGUUUACGGCUCCUCAGACUGCUGUGUAUUGCUGUCGUGCGGUCGUUGCUAAAGAUGGUAUAACUAGAGAGGCAAGAGGUGGGCAACAUUCAUUUCUCGACAGGGUGUGUAACUCGGUGUUGCCGGAAUAUGCCUGAAUAUCCCUUUAAGAUCUACACUGUGGUCAGUCACCAGGGGGAGCUCUAAAUAUUUUGGCUUCACUUUGGGUAGCUGCUGUGUUGUCCAUGAUUUCAGACAGUUUAUCUCUUUUAUUACAGACUGCUUUUUUUUAGGCCUCUGCCGUUGUUCUUAUACACUUAAUAGGAUUUGGUAAAAGAAGCAGUAAUGAGCGGAUUAAUGGCUCGAUGCCAUAAAAUACUACACACUUAAAUCAACCCAGAAGCAGUUUUCAUGAAUAAAAUAAUAGUGGUUUCUGUGAAUUGUUGCAACAUAAAAUACUGAUCUUCUCUGUUGCUUUCCUGCAGACUUGACAUGCUAGAUAACCAGCAGAGGCAGGAAUGCAAACAAAAAAACACAUUUUCUUUGACAGCUCAACUAACUCUGUCUCCUUUUCUUGUCUAUCUGUCUCUAGGAUGCCUUUGUUGAGCUGUACGACAGACAGAGGGACUCGGUCUUCAGCUGCUCCUGGCCCUCCAUCAAGACGGUGUUUGGUCUGGCAGCACUCGGGGCAGCUAGCCUCACCAUUGGAGCAUAUCUUACACAGAAGUGA